AUGGUAUGUUCUAGAUGUUUGGGUCAUAGAGCUGUAGAGCUAAAUAAUCAUAUGGUUUAAUACUACAUAUAGAAGUCAAAAAGGCAUCUAAACGCUACCUGAGAAAUACCUGUCUGGUCGAAACAUGUUGCAGUAUGCUGCCACCUGCUGUAAUAUUAGGCUGAUCUGCUCCCGCCUGUAUAUUAGUCAAUAUUUUGGGUUCUCUAAGUUCAUCUUAAUCAUACCAAUCCUCCUCUUCAGAAGACGACAGCUGAUUUUUUGUUUUGUUACAUACACUCAUUUUACAUACAUGGCACUUUAAUGUUUGUACACCAUAGUUACAUAGCAUAGUUAAAGUGAAUGUGUCUUUUUAAUUGAUCCUACCUGCUAUUUAAAUAAAGGUGAAAUAAAAAUAAAUAAAACAUUUAGGGGCUUUUUUCCACUGACUUCAUUCAUAGUGUCAAUAAAAUAAAUAUCCUUCCCUUUAGGCCCCUUACCCUGGGAUGGAGCAGCCGCCUCACCACCCGUUCUACCAACACCACCCUCCUCCUCCCCAGGCGCACCCCCCCUACGCUGGGCACCACCCUGUACCACAUGACGCCCGCUUCAGGGAGAAGAGAGUCGUCCGCUCCUUCAGCUCCAGCCUGGUAAAGCCCUUUGGGCCCGGGUCUAAAGUAGUGCACUAUAAAGGGAACGGGGGUGGUAUUUGGGACACUACCUUUUGUCUGUCAGAGUUUAACCUGAACACCACCUCUCUCUCUCCCUCUCUGCAGCAUGACUAUGACAUGCGGGUGGAUGACUUCCUGAGACGGACCCAGGCCGUGGUGACCGGUCGCCGCAGCCGACCCCGAGAACGAGACCGGCAGAGGGAGCGAGAACGGCCCCGGGACGCCCGCCGGGACCGUGACAGAGACCGUGGACGCGAGCGUGACCGGGAGAGAGACAGGAUCAGGGAGAGGGAGAGGGAGAAGGAGAGGGGGCGCUACAGGAGAUAA